AUGUAUACCAAGUCCAAAUCUGCAGCUUCUGAAACUCACAACAAAAGAGCAUCACCAGCUACUCCUGGGGUCAGCAAAUCGGGCAGGGGAGUGGCCAAAUCUGAUGCUGAUUCUGCGUCUCCCCUGCAAAAUUCUAGACUUUCAGUUGAUCGAUCCCCAAAACUGGUCACUCCGAAGCCUGUACUAGACCGGAGGUCUCCCAAGCUCAGUACCGCACCUGAUAAAAAACCAACUCGAACUUCAAAGCCAUCAGAAAUUCAGGAAGAGUUAAAUCUCACUCGGGAAGAUCUUAAGAAGGCCAACGAUAAGUUGGUUUUGCUUGAGAAAGAAAAGGCAAAGGCUCUUGAUGAUUUGAUUGAGGCGCGGAGAUCAGCUGAGGAAGCAGAUGGGAAACUCAGAGCGGCUUUGGCGGCUCAAAAGCGAGCUGAAGAGAAUAUUGAGAUUGAAAAGUUCCGAGCAGUUGAAAUGGAACAGGCUGGCAUUGAAGCAACCCAAAAGAAGGACGAGGAAUGGAAGAGAGAGAUUGAAGAAGUGAGAACCCAGCAUGCAUUGGAUGUGGCUGCCCUCCUAUCUGCCAAUCAGGAACUUGAGAAGGUGAAGCAAAAACUAGCAAUGGUUUCUGAUGAAAAAAACCAGGCACUCAGCCAUGCAGAGGAUGCAUCAAAAAAUGCAGAAAAUUAUGCAGAAAAAGUGGGUAUUCUUUCUGCUGAAUUGGAUCGAUUGAAAUCCAUGCUUGACUCAAGAGUUGAAAUUGAAGUUAAUGAGAACAAUAAGUUAGUGGAAGUACUGAAAUUGGAGAUUGAUUCUCUGAGACAAGAACUUGAAAGGGCAAAGAUUAAUGAAGAGAAACUGGCAGAGAAAGAGGCUACCUUAGAGCAACUUAAUGUCGAUCUGGAGGCAGCAAAAAUGGCCGAAUCUUAUGCACAUGAUUUAGUGGAUGACUGGCAGAAGAGGGUUCGAGAAUUACAAUUUCAGGCAGAGGAAGCAAAGAAGUUGGAGAGAUCUGCUUCAGAAUCCCUGGAAUCGGUCAUGAAACAACUUGAAGAAAGCAACGAUUCAUUGCAUGAUGCAGAAUCCGAGAUUAGUUCCCUUAAAGAGAAGGUGGGAUUGCUGGAAAUCUCAAUAGGAAGGCAGAAAGGGGAACUUGAGGAAUCAGAACACGAACUUGAACUAGCCAAGGAAGAAGCUUCUAAAAUGGUGAAAAAGGUUGAAUAUCUUGUGUCUGAGCUUGAAACUGUAAAAGAAGAGAGAACUCUGGCUUCAAACAAUGAAAAGCUCGCAGCUGACAGCGUGCAAACUUUAUUGGAAGAAAAACAUAAGCUGAUAAAUGAUUUGGAAAAUUCUAGGGAUGAAGAAGAAAAGAGCAAGAAAGCAAUGGAAAGUUUAGCAUCAGCUUUGCAUGAAGUUUCUUUGGAGGCAAGAGAAGCCAAAGAGAAGCUAUCUUCAGUUCAAAUUGAGAACGAAAACUAUGAAACUCAAAUAGAAGAUCUGGAGCUGGUUUUGAAAGGAACAAAUGAGAAGUAUGAAAGCAUGCUUGACGAAGCGAAACAAGAGAUUGAGGCUCUCACUAAGUAUCUUGAACAGUCAAAGCAUGAUCACCAGAACUUAAAGGCUGAGUGGGAACAGAAGGAGCUUCAUUUGAUGAAAUGUUUGAAGCAAUCUGAAGAAGAGAACUCUUCAAUGGAAAAAGAAAUAAGCAAACUGGUUAAUUUGCUAAAUGUGGCAAAGGAAGAAGCUUUUGCAACAAAGGAGGAAGAAGACCACCUGAAGAUUUCGCUCAAGGAAGCUGAAUCAGAGGUGAGUUACCUAAAGGAAGUCCUCGGUGAAGCAAAGGCUGAGAGCAUGAGAUGGAAAGAGAAUUUAAUGGACAAAGAAAAUGAAUUACACAAUAUACUUCAGGAGAAUGAGGAGCUUCAAAUUAGAGAAGCUGCAUCUCUUAAGAAGGUUGAGGAGUUAUCUAAGUUGCUUGAAGAAGCCUUGCCUAAAAAGUCUGUCGAGGAAAAUGGUGAGCUUACGGACAGUGAAAAAGAUUAUGAUAUGCUUCCAAAAGUGGUGGAGUUUUCCGAACAGAAUGGCUUGGUUGAGUUCUCCGAAAAGAAUGGCACGGAAGACGGGAAGCCUAAGAUGGAGCUCCAACCUCAACAGAGGGAGCUACCUGUAGAGAAGACUGCAGAAGUAAAUGAUGUAUUGUACCAUGAAUCUGCUCAGAUUGCCACUGAAGUUGAGAACAUGAAUGAAAACCUAAAAGAUAAUGUGAAGAAAGAAAAGGAAGAUGAUGAUUCUGCAGAUGUUGAUCUUAAGACGUGGGAGAGCUGCAAGAUUGAGGAAAAAGACUUCUCUACGGAGGGAGAGCCAGAACAUGAAUCCUUUGAGGAGGAACUGGACUCAAAGACCGAGGGUGGUGAGAGCUAUGACCAGGUCAAUGGGCUACCCAAAAAUCUCAAUAAUGGUGGAAGCUCUCCUCCAAAACAACAAAGUCAGAAAAAGAAGAAACCCUUGCUGCUCAAAUUUGGAAGCCUGUUGAAGAAGAAGGGCACUACCAACCUCUACCAACCAGAAGUAAUAGGUCAGCUAUCUAUUACCUGUUUUAUCUUUGAACUGUAG